UGCCCAUUCAUAUUUAUAGGGUCGGAUGCAAAUGUCGACUCGUUUUAUAAACCCUAAAUAAAUCUUUGAACGCAGUCUCGCUCCUGCUCCAGUGCUUCUAUCGAUUCUGUUUGUAAAAGGAGCCAUGCCGCCAAAGGCUGCGAAAUCGAAGGAAGCACCCGUAGAAAGGCCCAUUCUUGGUCGAUUCUCAUCGCAUCUGAAGAUUGGGAUUGUUGGAUUGCCUAAUGUUGGGAAAUCUACUCUCUUCAACACUCUCACUAAGUUGUCAAUUCCUGCUGAGAACUUCCCAUUUUGUACCAUUGAACCUAAUGAGGCACGUGUCAAUAUUCCUGAUGAGCGAUUUGAGUGGCUUUGUCAACUAUUCAAGCCAAAGAGUGAGGUCUCUGCAUUCUUAGAGAUACAUGACAUUGCUGGGUUGGUUAAAGGCGCUCAUGAAGGACAAGGGCUUGGAAACAAUUUCUUAUCUCACAUUCGUGCUGUUGAUGGCAUAUUCCAUGUGUUACGUGCAUUUGAAGACCCAGAUAUUAUACAUGUUGAUGACUCUGUGGAUCCUGUAAGAGAUUUAGAAGUGAUAACUGCAGAAUUACGGCUGAAGGAUAUUGAAUUCAUGGAAAGAAAGAUUGAAGAUCUUGAAAAGAGCAUGAAGAGGAGCAAUGACAAACAGUUGAAAGUAGAACUUGAAUUGUGUGUGAAGGUCAAAGCCUGGCUCGAGAGUGAAAAAGAUAUCCGGUUGGGGGACUGGAAAGCAGCAGAUAUUGAAAUUUUGAACACUUUCCAAUUGCUCACUGCAAAACCGGUUGUUUAUCUGGUCAAUAUGAACGAGAAAGACUAUCAGAGAAAAAAGAACAAGUUUCUACCCAAGAUUCAUGCUUGGGUGCAAGAGCAUGGGGGUGAGCCAAUUAUUCCUUUCAGCUGUGCGUUGGAAAGAAAUCUUGCUGAUCUGCCAGAAGAUGAGGUAGCUAAAUACUGCGAGGAGAACAAGACACAAAGUGCUCUUCCAAAGAUUAUAAAGACUGGAUUCUCUGCUAUCAACCUUAUAUAUUUUUUCACUGCUGGCCCUGACGAGGUGAAAUGCUGGCAAAUUCGAAGGCAGACCAAGGCUCCUCAAGCUGCAGGAGCAAUUCAUACUGAUUUCGAAAGAGGAUUUAUAUGUGCUGAGGUAAUGAAGUUUGAGGAUCUUAAAGAGCUCGGAAGUGAGCCUGCUGUAAAGGCUGCUGGCAAGUACAAGCAGGAGGGAAAGACUUACGUGGUCCAAGAUGGUGAUAUAAUAUUUUUCAAAUUUAACGUCUCCGGUGGUGGGAAGAAGUGAGGUAAGUCUCUCCCUGUUGUUCUGGAAACAAAAUCAAUCCGCCGGGAGGAUUUUCAUUUGAUCCGCUUGCUAUCCAUCCAUUUUAUUUGGAAAAUGUACCAACUUUGUAUCCGAGUAUUUAGAAACAGGGUUUUUUGGCUCUAAUGUUUCCUUUGAUAUAAGUUGUAAUCCUUUGUUUUGAAGAUGAUGAUGCAACAUUCUGAAUAUUUAUAUGAAAUAGAGAAUGGGAUGCAUGCCAUCACUAAUGAGUUCAUGUAAGAAA